AUGCUGACAUGCCCAUUUGUUCUCUCUAGACCUCGCCCCUCUCUUCAUAGCGCACACUCUUGCCGGAGGACGCCUUCAUCAAUGUACGGCCGGAUGUUCCCACGAUACGAGAUGCCACGACGGAGCCUAGGCCGCUCCAAGCCAGUCCGCCCCUUGGCCUCAUGUUGUUUCGCAGCGGCACAGGGGCGGAGGCCCGCCGUGAAGAGGUUGGCGAGAUGGUCUCGCGGUGGCACCACACCAGGAUACGGCGGUCGUCAAAGACGGCAGAAGAAGGCGUCGAAGGCCAACGAUGGAGAAAUGGGCGAUGGGCGCGUGUGCCAGGUAAUACCGCUGGACGGCGGCGAUUGGGGCUGGGCGACCGCCGUCGACGCAGGUACAGGAGGCUAA